UAGCGGACGGCUGGCCGAUGGUGUUAGAGGACAUCGCAGCGAGGCGGGACUGGGGCUGGAAGCACGAGUUCGACCUAUCAGAGCUGGUGCAGACCAUGCUGACUCACAUCACUACCUCCAACCAGCGUGCACAAGCAAACUGAGCCCUUUUCAUUCCAUGGAAAGCUUUAUUUAAAAGUAUUAAACACUGAAGAUUAAGAGAAUGUUUAAACAGCUCAAAACAUAAGCUCCAACAAUUAUCCUCGUCUUCAUCAAAACUAAUGUUCAUAAUCUGAUGCAAGACACUGCAUACUAUCUCGCUAUGUUACUGAACUUUAAAGAGUUCUCUCUCUGAAUGUACUGUAUGUAUGUAUCUGUAAGUACACAGAUGUGUAGCAGCUAAAUGACAUUUGGGGGGCGAUUCAGCCGUCCUGAAAACCAGUGGGCUUUGAGUAAGAGACACUCAAAGGCUUUACCUCGAUACGUAAGAGAUUCAAACCCUAGUGUUACUGUAGGGUUAGUCACAGGGGCUUUAACCAUAGUUGCCUAGCAUUAUAAAACAUGUGUGGGUUAAAGACGAACAGCUACUUCACCCGUACACUAGCUGCUUUAAAUAUUAUUUGAAUUAUUUGUAUUGUUGGUCUCAGUUUAGAAGCUGCAGUCUCGGAGCUGAAUAUUUAUGAAUGUUGAUUUAAUGAAUGCAUUAGCAGUCAUUUUCAUUUUAAGGGAAGUAGGGCUCUUCAGUUUUGCAGCUGGACUCUUAAGGAUCUGUGAAAAACACGUGUAGCAUGAAGGGAGCGGGCUAUAGAGCUCCAAUUAGUUUGUUUUUUGAUAUUGAUGUUAUUUAUAAUUAUAUUCUUUGCAGCUUUUUCUGUCAAACCAAAUGGGACGACCUUUUUCUUUUUUAAAUAAACACUUAAAUUAACAACGUAGUCUAUCGUCAUGAUAUUUGAUAAUGAACCUGUGAAUGCUUUAAAAUGUCCACUAAAAUAGCCCACAAUGAUAAUUACAUGUUCUCCUAUACAGUCAAAUUAGAAAGGACAAACAAAGCGUGGGAAAUCCUAGAAAUUAAACAAUUUGCAGUGUUUUCUUUCUUCCAACGAUCUUUACUCACUGAGGUCCAGUCCUCACAGUGCAUUCCCAGAAUCCUUCAGUCCUGCGUUUGCCUUUGCAGCUGAGUGUGGAUGUAGUCUUUGUUUGUCUGCUGCCGCCUGCUGCAGUUUGAACUUCAGGAUAUCAACGAGCAGAGAAGCCUCUCGGUUCAGACUCUCCAGCAUCUGGCCCUCUGUGGCCUUCACUGCUGCACGAACCAACGCCUGAACGCCCUGCGGAAAACAGAGGAGAAAAGGGCAUGAAAUAUAUUCACAAAAAUGCUUUCCUUUAUUUUAAAUCCCUCUGUGAGAUCACCUCAUUGUCCAGUUGCACAUCCUGAGGAAUAUCCACCUCCCCCAGAGUGACCCUUGACCCCUUUCGGAGACUCCUCAGCUUCUCCUCCUUCUGACGUAACAUUGAAGUCAGCGCCUCUCGAUGCCGCUGAUGCUCCCAAACAUGAAGAUCUGUACCCUGCAGCACACAUAAGGUUAGAGAGGGAAUACAGUAACCAUUUUUGUUGUAUCCUGAUAAUGUAAUCCUGUUACAUGAGAUUCAAGGUUCAAGGCUUUUAUUGUCAUUAGUACAUAGUUACAGUGUAGAUAUAUCAAUGCACAUCUUAGGUCACAGGCUCCUCCAACAGUGCAACACAAUAAAACAGAUAAUAGUGCAAGUAAAUACAAAUGAAAUAGUAAUUGGGAUAUGAUAUAUUAGAUAAAUAAUUUGUAAGUUGCAACAGAUGGAUGUUCUUUUCAAAAGUUGAAAGUCUUACGGCCUGUGGGAUGAAACUGUCCCUGAGUCUAGUGGUUUUACCCUGAUAUGCAAUCCAUUUCCCCCACAUGUGUACAGCGCUCAGUUCAGAUGUGUGGUGAUUAUAUCUGUGAGUCACUGAUUGGAAAGGCUUCCUCACCUGAGCCAGAGGACAGGGUGUGGGCGGCACCUGCACCUCCAGGUGUAGCUGAGCGAUGGACAUGUUGGAGGCUCCACUCAUAGCCGCCUGGAAGAGCCUCCGCCGGGCGGUGAGGGUGUGUGUGAGGAACUGGGUGAAGUCGAGUUGGUGGAGAGGGGUGAGGUUCGGCAAAUACUCGGACAACUCAUCUCUCAGCAGGGAUAAGAGGUUGGGAACGUCGAGACCUGAUGGAUAGAAGACAGAAAAGUACAGAAGCCUGGAAAUAAUGAUUCAGUUUUGCUAAAUAAUUACCUAGUAUCUCAAAUGAAUGGAAAACAAAUGUAUUUGGAAAAACUAAUUAUUUGAAUAACAUUUUUCAUUAUGACUUCUUUUGGGCUUGCAUAUUUAUUUAUAUUAUUUAUAUUUAUACUCAAUUUAAUAUUGAAUAAUCAAUUUCUUGCACAAUAAUAUCUUGCAUUAUAUUUGUUUGGUAUUUCCACAUGUAUAUAUUUUUCUAUUUUAUUUCUAUUUCAGAAAUAUUUUGGACUGUUGAUUUCUAGUGUCUUAAUUUCUCUUAUGUACAUUGCCGUUUGUUAUCCUGCCAAAUGGGAUCAAUAAAGUACCUAUCUAUGUA